AGCUGCCCCUCAUCACCCCCCACUACUACAUCAUUAAAGCUGCCAGGCCAUAGAGCUCCACUGCGCCCUUCAACGACAUAUAUAGCCACAGACAACGAACUUCCGUUUCUUCUUGCCGUGUCGACUCGUAGCUUCAACUCACCGCGAACAUGUCUCAACAAUCGGACAUCAACUUGUACACCACACAGACGCCUAACGGCAUAAAGAUUUCGAUAACUUUGGAAGAGCUAGGCCUUCCUUACACAGUCCACAAGAUCGACAUCUCUAAGAAUACACAAAAAGAAGAAUGGUUCCUGGAAAUUAACCCCAAUGGACGAAUUCCUGCGCUCACAGAUACCUUCACUGAUGGCCAGACUAUCAACCUCUUCGAGUCUGGAAGUAUUAUGGAAUAUCUUGUCGACCGCUACGAUACGGAUCACAAGAUCAGCUUCCCCAAGGGCACACGCGAAUGGUACACAAUGAAAAACUGGCUCUACUUUCAAAAUGCUGGCGUUGGGCCCAUGCAAGGUCAAGCUAACCAUUUUACGCGGUAUGCACCCGAACACAUUGAUUACGGUGUCAAGCGAUACCAGAACGAAACUCGUCGUCUCUACUCCGUGCUAGACAAGCAUCUUGCCUCAGACAACAAGGCUUACAUAUGUGGUGAAAGAUGCACGAUUGCUGAUAUCGCCCACUAUGGAUGGGUCUCUUCUGCAGGUUGGGCAGGCGUCGAUAUUGACGAAUUCCCUUCGCUCAAAGCCUGGGAGGAGCGCAUGACAUCCCGUUCUGGUGUCGAGAAGGGUCGUCACGUUCCUGACCCUCACUCCAUUAAAGAACUUCUCCAAGACAAAGACAAGAUGGAAAAGUACGCUGCCGAAAGCCGCAAAUGGAUCCAGGGAGGCAUGAAGCAGGAUGCUGAGAAGCAAAAUUCCAGACUAUAAAUUACAUUGCGCCACCAUCGCAGCACCGGCGCA